AUGCAGCCCGCCAUGAUGAUGUUCUCCAGCAAGUACUGGGCUCGCCGGGGCUUCUCGCUGGACUCGGCCCUGCCGGAGGAGCGCCCUGCCGCCGGCAGCCUCACCCUAAACAGAUCAAGUUCUGGGAAAAAUGAGGAGAAGAAAGGGAAUAAGGGAAAUGGGAAAAGUGAAUCUACUUCUGAAGGUGGAAAGACAGCUGUGGUGUUUUCCUUGAAGAAUGAAGUUGGUGGAUUGGUGAAAGCUCUCAGACUCUUCCAGGAAAAACAUGUGAGUAUGGUUCAUAUUGAAUCACGAAAAUCAAAGAGAAGGAAUUCAGAGGUGGAAAUUUUCGUGGACUGUGACUGCAGUAAGAAAGAAUUUAAUGAACUAAUCCAGUUGCUCAAGUUUCAAACUAAUAUAGUAUCUCUCAAUCCACCAGAAAACAUCUGGACUGAUGAAGAAGAUCUCGAUUGUGUCCCUUGGUUCCCCAGGAAGAUCUCUGAGUUAGACAAAUGCUCUCAGCGAGUUUUGAUGUAUGGGUCUGAGCUGGAUGCUGAUCACCCUGGAUUUAAAGACAAUGUCUAUCGACAGAGAAGAAAAUACUUUGUGGAUGUUGCCAUGAGCUAUAAAUAUGGUCAACCCAUUCCCAGAGUGGAGUACACAGCUGAAGAAGUUAAAACUUGGGGGGUGGUAUUUAGGGAACUCAGUAAACUCUAUCCCACCCAUGCUUGUCGUGAAUAUUUAAAAAACUUCCCUCUGCUGAGCAAGUACUGUGGAUACAGAGAAGAUAAUGUGCCUCAGUUGGAAGAUGUUUCUAUUUUUCUUAAAGAAAGGUCUGGCUUCACAGUGAGACCAGUUGCUGGAUACCUGUCUCCCCGUGACUUUUUAGCUGGCUUGGCAUACAGAGUCUUUCACUGCACUCAGUACAUACGGCACGGCUCAGACCCCCUCUACACACCAGAACCGGAUACAUGCCAUGAACUUUUGGGACAUGUGCCUCUACUUGCUGAUCCCAAAUUUGCACAAUUUUCACAAGAGAUAGGACUUGCUUCACUGGGAGCAUCUGAUGAAGAUGUUCAGAAAUUAGCCACUUGUUAUUUCUUUACAAUUGAAUUUGGCCUUUGCAAGCAAGAAGGACAGCUGCGUGCUUAUGGGGCAGGACUUCUGUCUUCUAUUGGAGAAUUAAAGCAUGCUCUCUCUGAUAAGGCCAAUGUGAAAACAUUUGAUCCAAAGACAACCUGUUUGCAAGAAUGCCUUAUCACUACUUUCCAGGAAGUUUACUUUGUUUCAGAGAGUUUUGAAGAAGCCAAAGAAAAGAUGAGGGACUUUGCCAAAUCAAUCAAUCGUCCCUUCUCUGUGUAUUUCAAUCCAUACACACAAAGCAUUGAGAUUCUGAAGGAUACCAGGAGUAUAGAAAAUGUUGUCCAGGACCUCCGCAGCGACCUAAACACUGUAUGUGAUGCUUUAAGUAAAAUGAACAGAUAUUUAGGGAUUUGA